AUGGAAACCAUAUUCGAAUCUACAGAACCUGAGACCCCUGUCGUAAGCGACCGAAGGGAAAAGCUACUGAAACUGGUUGACGCAGGUGAAAUUAAAUACACUGCAAAAUACAUCAAAAAAGCAUCCGAAAAAACGCUGGAAAAUAUAUACAAAGACUACGAAAGGCAGCAGCUGGAGAACACAAACAACCAACUAGCUGACGUCAUCAUCACCAAGUUUUCCGAACUUAUGGAGGCGUUGGAAGCUGUCGAAGAUGCUGAAGGAAUGAAAAAAGAACUCGAGGAAAACAGUCUGCUCAGAAAAGAUUUAAAAAACCUCGUCAGUUAUGACAGUUAUGUAACACCGUACAUACCACUCAUUGGAAUACUAAGUGGUGGAAUCACCGUUGGAAAACACGUGAUCAGUACAAAGGUAAGCUGUCCGGAAAAGGAGGAAUGA